CUUCAUCCUAGUGAUAAAAGAUUUCACCCUGCUUUUGACAUUCUCACAUCUCUCAACUCAAUCCAAAUGUCUACUCCAGUUCAAUCCUCAUUGGCCGGCCUCAAGGCAUCCACUACUCAGCUUGUGGGCAUCAUUGCCGGCGCUCGGCACAUCCCAGCCGGCACAGUGGAUAUCCACCUUGCUCUGACAAAACAGGUCACCACUCUGUUGGGUGACAUCAUCCGGGCGCAUGAGAAAGGGGAUUACAUCCCUGGCAUUGUGGCUUCCUGUUCUAAGGAGCUGAUGAGGGUGUGUUCCAUGACUCCCUGGGUGUUACCCGACUGGCACAGCAUUGGCCAUGAUGACCCCCGGGUGUUGAGACACGCCUGGGAGGCAUUGGGUGACAAUUCCUGUGAUCUCCCUGUUGUUCCUAAUUCUUCCACUGGCCCACUGACUGUCAACCUUCCGUCUCCACCUGUCCCUUCCCCUGCACCUGUCCUUCCCUCCCCUCCCAUCGUCGCCGGCAACGUCGCUGGUUCAUUUGGCAAGACGACCUCCAAGUUCCGGGACAAAGGGAAAGGUAAGGCGGUUGCUGUUGACCUUGAGCCAGAAGUCAGAGGGAGCAGCAAGAGGAAGUCUCCCAUGAUUUCUGGACACUCCUCCCAACCUCCGAAGUCGGCAAUGAAGGGUCGCAAGCAUGUCAAGUCAACUCAACUCGCCAAGUCGAAGCCGUUUGUGGAGUCGGAAGAUGAUGAAGAAACAAUUGUUCAGCCGAUUUUGUGUGGAGUGCCAGAGGUCAUCCUUCCCCAGCUCUCCACCAUUGUUGUAAGGACGCCCCAGUUGCCUCGGUCACCUGGUUCCCCCAAGAAGCAAUCAUUUGGGCCUGCUUUGCUGACUGCCGGCAGUCGUCCGGAGGUCAUGAAAUCUCCCAUCAGUCGACCGGAGGCUCCGGCAACCUCCGGCAGUGGUCCGGAAGUCGUCGAGCCCUCUGAUGGUACUUCCAGCGCUUUGGAUGGUGAACCUCUGGCCAAUCCCACAUUUGAUAUCACCAUUCCUGGCCCAAACAACCCCUGCCAUUAUUGCGUAAAGGAGGAUUGGCCCUGCGCAACUCAUUUGGACAAGAGGUCCGGCCACCCCUGCUUGUCUUGCAUCUGCUGCUCCACCAAGAAGAUCAAAUGCAACCCUGCAUCUCUGGGAUCCCCGCCCAAAUGCACCCGAGGGAAGUCUACCACCGGUCGGACGUGUUCCAAGACACCUGCCCCUGCUCCAUCCAAUGCUCUGUCUCCCUCGCAGUCAAGGGCCCGAACUCAUAGUCAAUCUCGUGGCCCAUCCCGCACUCCGGCCAUCCCUGCUGCGACUACACCCCAGGUGCAGUCACGUGGUCGCAGCAAGACCAUCACUGCCAAGAAGACACCUGCAACUGCAACUGCACCUGCAACUGCACCUGCACCUGCACCUGCACCUGCACCUGCACCUGCGCCAGCUCCUGACCUUAUUUUUUACUUAGCUGUUCCGUCUUCGAGCUUUGCAGUGCCUCGUGCAGCACUCGAUGUUCCCAUGCCAGAUCUCCAUUCCAUGGCAAUCGCGAUUCGGGAUGGUGCAGCUCGCAUCGCCAUGCUUGAGGCUCAUGUGCAGGAGCAGGAUGAUAAGAUUGAUACCCUGCAAUGCCUCCAUGAGAGCCUCCAGCGCAAGGUGGUCGACUGGCACCCUUCAUUUCCACUUCCGGACACACCUGCCGAUGCAACAACCUUGCUUGAUCAAUCCGGUCCCCCCCCAUCCAUGUCACCCCUCACCUCCAAACUUUUUAAUCUCAUUGAUUUGGACAUGUCAGUCAUGGAACCCACACCCUUGAUGGUUGAGGAUGGAUCUGCUAUGGUAGGUCUCAUGGUUGAGCCCACCCAAGUUCAGCCUGAGGGUCCACAAUCCUCCAGCGAAAUUGUGGUCCUGGAUGAACCAGGCAACCUCUUGUCAGAAUAUAAUUCUUCUGAUGAAGAGAUGGAUGUUGAGGUGAAGGUUGAGCAUCCUUGUGAGGAGGUUGAAAUGGCUACAUAA